GGCAGCCAAGAUGAGCGCGGCGGGGCACGUCGUUUGCACGGGCUGGCUCAUCAAAUCGCCCCCGGAGAAGAAGCUGAAGCGAUACGCUUGGCGAAAACGCUGGUUUGUGCUCCGCCAGGGCCGAAUGAGCGGGAACCCCGAUGUCCUGGAAUAUUAUCGAAGCAGCCAUUCCAAGAAGCCCAUCCGGGUGAUAGACCUAAACGAAUGUGAGGUGGGGAAGCACUCAGGGUCAAACGUUAUCAAGAAAGAAUUCCAGAACAACUUUGUCUUCAUUGUGAAAACCACGUACCGCACCUUCUACCUGGUAGCCAAAUCUGAGGAGGAAAUGCAAGUGUGGGUACACCACAUCACCCAGAUCUGUAACUUUGGACAUUUGGAAGAUGGAACAGAUUCGGGGGACAGCCUGUCCCACACCACUUCUUCCCCGCAGCCCUCGCCAGCCUCUUCUGCCCAUGCCUUGAGGAUCGCAGAUCCGUCUUCAUCUGCUGAUCAGGCCGCCGCCGACACCUCUGCUGCGGAGGAGACUGCGAGCGAGUCCGAGUCUCUCUUUCUUCCAGACUACCUGUUCUUGUCCAACUGUGAGACUGGCAAACUCAGCCAUGUCAGGUGUUACAGCUGGUCCAAUUCUGAUCGGUCCUUGGAGCAGAUUUCAUCGGACGACGUCUUUGUGGACUUUGUGGCCUCUCAGCCUUCCCUGUAUCUACAGCCGUCAAGUGCCCUGCGGCAGGAGGGGGACCAGUCAGCCGGCCAAGGUGUCCUUUCCAGGAGCACAGACACAAAUGGGCCUUCGUCCGGUGAUUUCUCCUCUUCCUCUCCCUUGUCAGCACCUCCCCUAACGCCAACCCUCCUGGGCGAUAAAAGCCAGACCGCCCUUUCCUGUGGCAUGCCGGAACUCGACAUUCUAGCCACCACGCCACCGCCAAGGCCUCCCAAGCCGACCCACUUCUCAGACAGAAGGGCUGAAGAGCUGUCCAGUGGGCUUCUUCACAACGGGCACGUGAGGAUCUGUGGCGCUCAGGGGGCCUUGGUGCCACGACGGAUCUCCUUGUCUGGUUUGGACGCCGUACGGAACUGGAGAGCUGACAUGGAAGAAAAUUCCUUAAGAAGCAGGGAUAAGCGGCUAAGUUUGAACUUGCCAUGUCGGUUCAGCCCACUCUACUCCUGCCAGUCGGACAGUUCUGAGGACAGCUACGUGCCCAUGCACCCCAGUGCCUCCCCGCCCAUCGCAGGAUCGGAUUGCACACCUGACGGCUACAUUCCCAUGAGUCCAGGCUCAGCCACCUUCACUUUCCCUUCUGUCAGCACUGAGAAACGCUCCAGCCCUUUGCCAGAACUCCCGACGGACCUGGAGCCGCCCCCUGUGAACCGGGAUCUCAAGCCUCGUCGAAAACCACGACCACCUCCACUGGAUCUGCGAAACCUCUCCACCAUCAGGGAACAUGCUGCCUUGACCAGAACGUGGACUGUGCCUUACAAUCGGACAAGCUUUAUCUCUCCAGAAAGAGAGGGCAUUAAUUCAGCCCGAGUCUUUGCCAGUUCGGUUUCCGGAGAAGAGGAAGAAAGCUACAUUCAAAUGGAGCACCGGCAAGCGACCUCUCCAUAUAAUGGGGCUUUCCAAUGGCCGAAGAAGUUCAGCCUUGAUUACUUAGCAUUGGAUUUCAAUUCUGCUUCCCCGUCGCCUGUACAAAAGAAACCCUUUCUCUCCGAAGAGCAAAGAGUGGAUUACGUCCAGGUGGAUGAGCAGAAAACUCAGGCACUCCAGAGCACGAAGCAGGAAUGGACGGACGAAAGGCAAUCCAAAGCUUGAAGAGCGCAGGGGAGCCAGUCUCUUGCUUGGUUUAAUUUUGCACAUUCAAAUCCAGAAAAGUUUCAUUAUUUCCACUGUCAACAACAAACCGUGGAGAAUUCCAGGGGGCCACAAAGGAACCACUUUUGAAGAGCAAAACAUUUGUUGCUUUGGAAGGAGCACGUCCGUCGGUUUGUUUUUAGAAGACGGAUCUGGAAUUUGUCAAAAUGGCCCUGGCUUUGUCUUGGUCCGCCUUUCCCAGAACCAUCCAUGGUACCAUUUUCGUAUCGUAAUUUGGGCCUCUUCAGACACUUAAUGGGAACAAAAGCCUAGUUUUAUCGGACUGCAAUUACAUACGACUACUGUGUUUUUGGUUGUUGCUGUUUUUUUUUUUAAAAAAAAAUCCUAUUUAACAGAUGCUGCCGCUGUUGUUGCAUCUGAUACUGACAGUAUUGGGAAAACAAGGGCUAAAUGUUAAGAGAAACAAUAUAAAAGACUUUUGGGGAAGGACUUCCCCAGGUAUCCUGUACUUGACUUUCAUUUGCCUGCUGGGAAAGUGUAAAUAAGGAGGACUUUACACUGGUGAAAAUAGGACUCCUCAUCUGUUUCAAGCAUUAUCUUCACAGACGGGCAUGGCCAGUCACGGUCCUCUCUGUUGCGUCCACCUUCUCGGUCGCUCCUGACACUUCGUUUUUGGGCCUCAGUGCUACAAGGAACUGUAGCGCACACAGCCUCGCGCUGGCCCUGCGCCGACUCCCAAAGUCUUUGCUUUUGAAAGAAAGAAAGGGAAGCAUCAACGCUCUUUUCGCAAGGCUGCAAGCGAUCAGCAGCGAAUCAGAAAAAUGUCGUCGGAGCUGCAGAAGAGAAACAAGCCAUUGGAAUUCCCAAGGACUGCAAUCCAGUUUCCGGAUCCCAGUCCAUGAAGUUUUCGGAGAGUUUGUCAGUGCUACAGAAUGACUGGAACUUCCCUUAUUCAGGCUUUUAAGCAGUUAUUUUAUUUCACAGUUAGCCUUCUUGUAAUAAAAUAAAACAUGGCCUCCCUUUGACCUUCCGAGGUAUGGAUGGCCAUA